UCAGCUAUAAAAGGGAAUCUUAGGCAUAGGGACGCACUGAUCCGUGAGACCAUUGUGGGUGAUAUUUUGAUAAGCACCACAACAAUAGACACUUGCUGUAGUAUCUUCUGCGUUCUUCUCAUUAAUGAACAGAUUGACGUAGCAUGGCAAUGAAAAGCGAGUUGUUGAAAGUUCAAUCACAGCAGAAAAGGUGGCGGCUGCACCUCCGAUAAUGCCAAGAACUACUAUAAAGAUACAGAUGAUUAACGUUUUACGCGGAGCAUAAGUGAGUACAUCUCGGAGGCUAGGAGGAGAAUCAUCAUGUUUAUUGAAUUUCUCAGCUUUCCUUUGUCGAGCAAGUAG